AUGGGCGGCGGUGGGUUGCGUAUUCUACCACACAAGAAAUGGCAUGUGUGGCGGCGCGAUAAUAUUGAGCGUGUGCUACGAGAUGAGCGGGAGAAUGAGGAAAAGCAACAGGCGAUUAAUGCGAAAGAACGACGACUGGCGCAGGAGCGACGCGCUCAGCAGCUUCAGGUGGUCGAUGGCUCUGAUUUGAAGCAGCAUAUUAACUUUUUUCAGGCAGAGGAAGCACAAGCGAAGGGUCAAAAGGGCAAUACUUUUGAUAGUAAGAAGCAUAAGGGGGUAGAUGACACGCUGAGGCGGCACGGAAGAUUACCUUGGUAUGCACAAAGUGAAAAUGCAGCGAAGGAGCAGCCAACAGCACAACAUGAGCGCAAAAGGAAACGGGAACUGGAUGAGGCUGAUCCAUUACACCAUAUGCGUCCUAAGGAGCGCGUGACGGUAAAAACGAAAGAACGACGAAGCAGACAGUUCAACUCUGAUGAUGGAAGUGAUCUUCGAAAGUAUACAAGCCGAUAUGACCGUUUAUCAUCAGAACGACGUCAUAGUAAAUCUCGGAAGCAUUCGAAGGUAUUAUGUAAUAACAAAAGCACUGCUAACAGCAUAGGGAGUAAGGAAUCAUUACUCCAGAAGCUAAGGAUUGAACGCAUAGAAAGAGAAGCGACUGAAAGGCGUAAAGCUGACCGAAUAAUGCAGUAA